AGUGACUGGGGCUGUGGGGAGAGAGACAGACAUAUUGAGACUGGGACUGUGGGGAGAAGCAUUGCGUCCACCGUUCUGCGUUCACCAUCCUCGGUAGCCCGUCGUCUCACUGACUGCGAGCUGCGUUGUACUGACGGUACACUACCAAGAAGGUCACCCGGACAGAAACGUGUGUUCCUCUCGUAGGCGUCGACUUGAGCUUGCCAGCAUCCCUACCGGCCAAGCCCGCUGAAGAUGGCAAUGAAGAGCUGGCCUGCUGGUACUCAGUGUGUAGCAAGGGGGGACCACAGGAAGCCCAAGUCUGGUGAGCUGGCCUACCGAAAAGGAGACAUCCUCACCAUUCUGGAAACAGGCACGGGUAAGGGUCAUUACAAGGCAAGACACAACACCACUGAAGAAGAAGGACUAAUAACCUCCUGCAAUGUACGAGAGAGAGAGGCCAUCCGCAUUGACCCCAAUCUCAGCCUCAUGCCCUGGUUCCAUGGGAAGAUCUCGGGCCCAGAGGCAGUGUAUAAGUUACGGCCGGUGGAGAAUGGCCUGUUCCUUGUUCGGGAGUCAAUUCGCCACCCUGGUGACUAUGUCUUGUGUGUCAGCUUCUCCGGAGAGGUCAUCCACUACCGGGUGAUGUAUCGAAACAACAAGCUGACCAUUGACAACAUACAGUUCUUCUACAACCUUAUUGACAUGAUAGAGUUCUACUCAAAGAAUAAAGGUUCUAUCGCCACUACCCUCGUGAAGCCCAAGGAGAAAGAGGGAACCAAGUCAGCCAAGUUGGCGUUGUCUAAAACGGGCUGGCUGCUGGACAUCCAGAGGCUCACCCUGGGGGAAAGUAUUGGAGAAGGGGAGUUUGGUGCGGUAUAUGAGGGAGAGUAUAUGGGCCAGAGGGUGGCAGUAAAAAACAUCAAAUGUGAUGUAACAACACAAGCCUUCCUGCAGGAGACCACAGUCAUGACGGAGCUCCAGCAUAAGAAUCUGGUUCGGUUAUUGGGGGUCAUCCUUCACAACGGUCUUCACAUCGUCACAGAGUUAAUGAUUAAGGGCAACUUGGUUAAUUUUCUCAGGACAAGAGGCCGUUCAGUUAUCAACACUGCCCAGCUGUUACGCUUUGCACUAGAUGUGUGUGAAGGGAUGGAGUAUCUGGACUCUAAGAGACUGGUCCAUAGAGACCUGGCCGCUCGUAACAUCCUGGUCUCUGAUGAGGGCGUGGCCAAGGUCAGUGACUUUGGCCUGACCAAGGUAGACUCCAAGGCCUCAGACAAUGCCAAACUACCAGUCAAAUGGACUGCCCCUGAAGCACUCCAGAAAGAGAAGUUCUCCACAAGGUCUGAUGUUUGGAGCUAUGGUGUUUUGCUGUGGGAGAUCUUCUCCUAUGGUCGACAGCCCUACCCCAAGAUGUCCCUGAAGGAGGUUAAGCAGCAGGUGGAGGAGGGCUAUCGCAUGGAGGCUCCCGAGGACUGUCCUCCUGAAGUUUACUCCCUGAUGAGGAGCUGCUGGGAGAGGGAGCCGCGGAGAAGGCCCCCCUUUCACAAGCUGAGGGAGAAGCUUGAAAGACAGCUGGAGGAAACCAGCCCGAAUCCAGGCCUCAAGUGUAGGGAUGUGCUCAGAUCUGGAUCCAGCUGAUGUUGGUCCUGGAUGUUGAGUUUUGACUGGUCAAAUGAGCCCAUGUCCCCUUCCAGUCCUCUUUGCCGCUGUGAAUGUGGCUGAUACCAUGGUGUGAAUUUGGCUCUGAAUUGAAGUACGCUUUAACAUUUCCCUCGGAUUCAUCCACACCGCUGGAUCAGGUAGGAUGGGCCAUGUUGGUUGCUUGUUGUCAGUGGUGAAGGUUGAGGGAAGGCUCACGAGUCAAGGUAAACCUUUGGAGAAAUACUGACCAUAAAUUGCCUCCCCUUGGCCAAAGACCAUCAAAUAUGUUGGCGUAUUUGAUUGAUUUAUCUCAAUAUUAGUGGUCUGAGUCAAGUAAGCCUUAAUGAAUGAAUCGGACCACAGUUUGCUUUAAAGAAAAGUAAAUCCUGUACACUGUAGUGUGAAGCAGCUUAUUUCACUGUCCUGUCCUGGAGCCAUGGCUGUCACGGAGCAGUGACCAAUGGACUAUCAAAAUCAAAGGAGACUUUAAUUUCAAAGAUUCCCUUCUACAGCAAAUCCGGCCGAAGCAAAUGAAUGUACAACCACUACUGAUAAAUCCUCAACUAUCCACUAUGCUUGUUCUGCAUUUUUUCAUGCCCUCCAAAACACUUUACAGGUACUCUUAGCUAUGAAAUAUCAGCUUGGGGAAUAGCACAAAUGUAGUGGUGUAUUAGCCUUUUUUCCCCUUGAGAUACAAUGAGGCUGUAUCUCCAAAAUUAUUUUUAGCGGAAAAUGUUAUUUAUUCUAAUAUUGGUUCAUUUUGGCGAGUGCAACCAGGAUUAAACAUCCUGUUUUGAUUCUGACCCCAAACAGGGCCGUUUAAAAUUAAUUUUACAUGAAGGAAGGAUUUCAGAGAGAAAGAGAGAGACUGUUGGAGAAAAUGAUGAAGAAAGAGGAUAAUGGAGUAAAAGAGAUAUCCUGGAUAUAAUCUCGGAUCCCCCAAUCUGGUUGUUUCCCCGCAUAAAUUAUCUGGCAAUAUGUCUUGGACUUACUUUGUACGUAAUAUGUGAAAUCUUGAAUGUUAUUGCCAAUGUGCUGUGGUUUUUUAUUUUCAAUAUUAAAAAAAAAUUUUUUUUAAGACAUUGCAAAGCAGUGCAGAUGGACAUUUCAUUUCAUUGAACACCAGCGGCCCAAUAUGGCCUCAAAGCAAAGGUAUUUUAGGGUUGCCAGGCCCAAAUGCUGUAACCCUGCCCCUUUAUCUGUUGAACAGAGUCAAACUCAUCCGGUCAAUGUACAAGAUGUGGGGCCAACUUUGAAUUCUUUCAUUUCAGUAUAAUUUGAUCUCUGUGAACUUUUACAGCUAUUUUCCCUGCCCUCUUCGCCAGCUCUCUGAGAUUAUAUGAGUGAUUUGUGGUCUCUGAAGGGCCCCUGGGAUCUGGGGCUCAUUGUAAGUACAGAGUACCUUCUGCCCUCUCGGUUUGGGGAAUGAAAAGCUGUAGAUGAAAUCCUACAACAGAUAAUAUUCAACGGCGCAAUAACCCUGUUUCAUGGAAAAUAUGCAGCACUGUGUUCUGCUCAUUAAAGCUGCUUUUCUUCGCCGUACAGCUGUACAUAUUUAAUAUGUAUUCUAUAACUUUUAAAUGGGAAGUUAUGCGACUGAUGUGACUCCAUUCACGUCUUAACGCAAGUUACUAAGAAACAUGAUUAAUUUUCAGUUCAACUGGACACAAAAAACUGAAAUCUAUUGAAGGGUAUAAAAACAUGUACACCAGGUCAUAAGUGGAGCCCUACUGUUGUUUAGCCCAAGCAAGCAAGGAUUUGGCCACUUAAACUGUGUGUUCGCCUGUGAAAAAGCACUCGCUGUAUUUUUGUAUCGUUUUCUAUGGGACAGAAACCGACCUGCCAUGCAGUACGGGAUGUGAAGCACUCAACUUAAAGGCAUCUAAUUGCUCUCCCUGAGGUUUCUUCCUAUUUUUUCUCCCUGUUAAAGGUCUUUUUAGGGAGUUGUUCCUUAUCCAAUGCGAGGGUCUAAGGACAGGCUGUUGUGUUGCUGUAAAGCCCCUUGAGGCAAAUUGUGAUUUGUGAUAUUGGGCUAUACAAAUAAAAUUGACUU